GCUCAGACUCCCAUCUGCCCUCUUCCUUUCGGCACCAUGACAGGAAAUCAGCUGCCCCAGCCGGUAUUGAUCCUGCUCUUGCUGCUCCUUCCCAGGGAUGCUUCAGCUGCUGCAGAGCCGCAGUACCUACUGCUGGUCCCAUCCCACCUCUACAGUGGAGUUCCUGAACAGGCCUGUGUCAUCCUUCAUCACCUGAAUGAGACAGUGACACUGACAGCAACUCUGAUCUAUGACAUGCAGAGCAGCCUCCUCCUCACAGAGCGGGUGACCAGGAGAAACUCUGUCUACUGCCGUCCCUUCACGAUUCCAAAACUAUCAUUUUCCUGGGCGGACAUUGCUGUGGAGGUAAAGGGGCCAAAUCUGCAUUUCAAAAAGAGGAAACCAGUAUACGUAACCACGCCAGAGAACCUAGUCUUUGUCCAGACAGACAAACACAUAUACAAACCAGGACAAACAGUGCAAUUCCGUAUUGUCUCUGUGGACGUCAAUUUCCACCCUGUUGAUGAAAUGUUCCCAGUGGUUUAUGUUGAGGACCCCAAGGGUGACCGAAUUUUCCAUUGGCAAAGUCUCAGAUUGGAAACGGGACUCAGCCAACUCUCUUUCCCGCUAUCAGUGGAGCCGUUUCUGGGUUCCUACAACAUCAUACUGCAGAAAAAGUCAGGGAAGAAAAUAAAGCACUCAUUUGAGGUGAAUGAAUAUGUUUUGCCUAAAUUUGAGGUCCAAGUAAAAAUGCCCAAGGUUAUUGGUCUUCUAGAUGAAGAAUUCGUGGUAACCUCCUGUGCCUUGUACACAUACGGAGAGCCUGUCCCUGGUCUGGUGACACUUAGUGUAUGCAGAAAAUAUUCAUCAUUCCGAGCCACCUGCAACAAUAACUAUUCAUGUGAUAUCUGCGAAGAAUUCAGUCAACAGGCAAACAGUGAAGGAUGUUUCACGCAACUCUUAAAAACUGAAAUAUUUCAGCUGAAACAAAAAGGGUAUGACAUGAAAAUAGAAGUGGAAGCCAAGGUCAAAGAGGAGGGAACUGGGCUGGAAUUAACUGGGUAUGGAUCAUGUAGAAUCACAAAUAACUUAAGCACACUGAAAUUUACUAAAGCAAAUUCAAACUACAGACGUGGACUCCCCUGGUAUGGACAGGUUCUUCUAGUCAAUGAAAAGCAUCAGCCAAUCCCCAACAAAACUAUAUUUGUUAGUGUGGAGGAAGCUGGAUACCAUUCCAGUGCAACUACUGAUGAGCAUGGUUUACUGAACAUAUCCCUUGACACCACCAGCUGCACGUCACCUUCUAUUACAGUUUCAGUCAAAUACAAAGAUAAUGACAAUCGUUUUGAUAACCGGUGGGUUCAAGAAUUUCAUACACAAACACACUAUGUUGCAAAGCAUUUUGUUUCCCCAAGCAACAGUUAUAUCCACCUUAAACCUAUUAUCGGUACUUUGACCUGUGGACAAACCCAGGAGAUUCAAGCACAUUACCUCCUGAAUAAACAGAUUCUCAAGGAUGAAAAAGAAUUCACCUUCUACUAUUUGAUCAAAGCAAGAGGCAGCAUCGCCCAAUCAGGAAUCCAUGUGUUAUCCAUUGAACAAGGAAACAUGGAAGGAGUGUUUUCCUUCUCCUUUCAAGUAGAAUCGGUCCUUGCUCCCAGGGCCCAUCUGCUUGUUUACACCGUUUUACCUAACGGAGAGAUUGUCGCAGACGCUGAUGAGUUUGAGGUUGAAAACUGUUUUGCCAACAAGGUAAAUUUGAGAUUCUCCUCGGCUCAGAGCCUGCCAGCUUCAGACAACCGCCUGAAGGUGACAGCCACCCCCUUCUCCCUCUGUGCCCUCCGUGCUGUAGACCAGAGUGUGCUGCUAAUGAAGCCUGAAGCUGAACUCUCACCUCAAUCUGUCUAUAAUUUGCUACCAGAAAAGACUUCUUCACAUACUUUUAGAGUUAGAAGUCCUGGCGUUGACUACGGUGAAGAUUGUCCCAGUGCAAAAGGCAUUGAGAGAACACUUUAUGUAACAGAGCGGGUCCUGGAUUGGUAUGAACUUUACAGUAUCUUCACGUCCACAGGAUUAGAUAUUUUCACCAACUCAAAAAUCCAUAAGUCAUAUUUGUGUCCACGUCAAGACGGCUCAAGAAGAGAACCAGAAAUUAUGUCCCAAACGUUCGAUGACGAACCUCAGAGGUGGCAAGUGGAAGAGAUCGUCCGGAAGUACUUCCCUGAGACCUGGAUCUGGAAUUUGGUGGUAGUUGACUCAUCAGGUGGAAGUGAGCUGGCGCUGCAGGUCCCUGACACCAUCACGGAGUGGAAGGCCAGCGCGUUCUGCUUGUCUGCAACCACAGGGCUCGGCCUCUCUCCUGCUGUGUCUCUUCAAGUCUUCCAGCCUUUCUUCCUAGAGCUCACCCUCCCAUAUUCUGUGGUGCGAGGAGAAGCCUUCACACUCAAAGCCACUGUGUUUAACUACUUGGACUUUUGCAUUCGGGUCAUUGUGCAGCUGGAGGUCUCUUCCGCCUUCCUGGCUGUCCCAGUAGAGAAGAAUGAAGAACCUCACUGUGUCUGUAGAAACGGACGGAAAACCGUGUCCUGGACUGUGACCCCAAAGUCACUGGGAGAGGUGAAUUUCACAGCUACCGCAGAAGCCGUGCAUUUUCGGGAAAUGUGUGACAAUCAGGUGACCGACGUCCCAAGACACGCACCAAAGGACACUGUAGUCAAGCCCUUACUAGUUGAGCCCGAAGGAAUAGCCAAGGAGGAAACUUUCAACACGCUGCUCUGCGCAUCAGAUACUGGAGUAUCUGAAAAGGUGUCACUGAAUGUUCCUUCAAAUGUGGUCGACGGAUCUCCCAGGGCAACAUAUUCAGUUUUGGGUGAUAUACUAGGCUCUGUGGUACAAAACCUUCAGAACCUUCUCCAGAUGCCCUAUGGUUGUGGAGAGCAGAAUAUGGUCCUUUUUGUUCCCAACAUUUACGUUCUGAACUAUCUGAAUGCAACACGACAGCUGACAGAGGAGAUCAAGACCAAAGCCGUCAACUACCUCAUCAGCGGGUACCAAAGGCAAUUGAAUUAUAAGCACAUAGAUGGUUCCUACAGCACCUUUGGGGAACGUGAUGGUAGCAGCAAGGGAAACACUUGGCUCACCGCAUUUGUGCUCAAGUCCUUUGCCCAAGCCCGAUCGUACGUCUUUGUGGAUGACUCACACCUCAGGGACGCCUUCGAGUGGCUCUCAGAGAGGCAAAAGGAAAACGGCUGUUUCCAGCGCUCAGGAUCACUGCUGAACAACGCCAUUAUGGGUGGGGUGGACGACGAGGUGACACUCUCUGCCUACAUCACCAUUGCUCUGCUGGAGAUGAAACUGCCUGCCACGAGCCCAAGCGUCAGUAAGGCCCUAUUCUGCCUUGAAACAGCCUGGAGAUCCACCUCAGAGGCCCAGGGAAGUCUCGUCUAUACCAAAGCAUUAUUGGCCUAUGCCUUUGCCCUAGCAGGAAACCAGGUCAAGCGAAGAGAGCUGCUUGAAUCAUUAAACAGAGAGGCUGUGAAAGAAGAGGAUUCAAUCCACUGGCAACAUCCCGGGAAACUUCGAGAAGCUGAGACACCCCAUUCUCAAUUCCGGGCUCCCUCUGUGGAAGUGGAGAUGGCAUCUUAUGUGCUCCUUGCCUAUGUUACUGUCCAGCCUGCCCCAUCUUUAGAGGACCUGUCUGUGGCAUCACGUAUUGUGAAGUGGAUUACCAAGCAGCAAAACCCCCAUGGGGGCUUCUCCUCCACUCAGGACACAGUGGUGGCUCUUCAAGCCCUCUCCGAAUACGGAACAGCAACUUUCACCAACAGUGAGAAAGCAGCUUUGGUUACUGUCAAAUCUUCAGACACCUUCUCUAAGGACUUCCACGUGGAUGAUGCCAACUGCCUGCUGCUGCAGAAGGUCCAGCUGCCAAAGGUUCCAGGGGAGUACACCACAACCGUGUCAGGGUCAGGGUGUGUGUACCUUCAGACAUCCCUGAGAUAUAACAUCCUACCCAAGAAAGAAGAGAAAGAACCCUUCGCUCUGCAGGUUAAUACUCUCCCCACGAAUUGUGAUGGAGUGGAUGCUCGCAGAAAGUUCCAGAUUCACAUCAACAUUAGUUAUACUGGGGACCGACCCAGCUCCAACAUGGUCAUUGUUGAUGUGAAGAUGGUAUCAGGCUUCAUUCCUGUAAAACAAUCAGUUAAACAGCUCCAGAUGCAACCCCAGAUUCAGAGGACUGAAGUGAGCACCAAUCAUGUCCUGAUCUACUUUGAAAAGCUAACCAGUCAAAAGCAGCAUUUUUUCUUCUUGGUGGAACAAGAUAUCCAAGUAAAGAAUUUAAAACCAGCUGUGGUAAAAGCCUAUGAUUAUUAUGAGACAGAUGAAUUCACCUUUGAAGAAUACAAUGCCCCUUGUAGUGCUGGUAAAGUAUAAAUGAUUCAGUCUAACUCCAAUUGAAAGAAACUAAAAUCUCAACAAGGAAAUGCUUGAAAACAGGAACUUACGGACCUCAUCAGAUGAACUUCAGAAAUGAAGAACAGACUUACCGAGAGAGGGCAGUAAGAGAAAGAAGGGAAGAUGGUUGGAAAUAAAUAAAAUUUGUAUGUUGAAUA